AAAAAAAAAAAAAAAAACGCAAUAGCUCGUCGACGGGAAAGUAAAGAGAAAAAAAAAAAGACAACUUGGAAAAGCUUGAAUUAUAAACAAUAACUGUUGAAGUUGAACACUUGUUUUGCAUAAUUCUCCGGCGAAGAUGAGAACCGGAAAGGGAAAUCUAGAGGAGGAAGAUUAUGGAGAAGAAGACUUUGGCUCGAAACGGGAAGGUCCUUCUUCCAACAAUAGUAAUACCGCCGCGAGCAGAGAUUCAAAGGAAAAUGAUAAGGCAAGUGCGAUACGUUCUAAACAUUCGGUCACUGAGCAGCGGAGAAGAAGCAAAAUCAAUGAAAGAUUUCAGAUAUUGAGAGAGCUAAUUCCCAACAGUGAACAGAAAAGAGAUACCGCUUCGUUCCUUUUAGAGGUGAUAGACUAUGUCCAGUAUUUACAAGAGAAGGUGCAAAAGUAUGAAGGAUCAUAUCCAGGAUGGAGUCAAGAACCAACAAAGUUGACACCAUGGAGGAAUAAUCACUGGCGAGUUCAGAGUUUAGCCAACCAUCCAGUAGCUGUAAGUAAUGGAUCUGGUCCAGUGAUACCAUUUCCUGGAAAGUUUGAUGAAAACACAGUGGUCUCCACACCUGCAAUUAUUGCAGAAAUGCAAAAUCCGGUUGAAUCUGACAAAGGAAGAGCUAUGGUUUGCAAACCAAUAGACAUUCAACCUGAGUUAGACGACAAGGGAUUACCGCCUGUACAACCAAUACCUCCAUUGGUACAUGGUGAACAAGCUAAUAAUGAAUGCCCUGCAACUAAUGAUGGGCUAGGCCAAAGUAAUGACAUGGUCAUUGAAGGUGGAACCAUUAGCAUUUCUACUGUCUACUCGCAUGAGUUAUUGAGCUCAUUAACACAAGCACUCCAGAACGCAGGCAUUGAUCUGUCGCAUGCUAAACUUUCUGUGCAGAUCGAUCUUGGAAAGCGAGCGAAUCAAGGACUAACUCGUGACAAUCCAUCGAAUAAGAAUCCAUCAUCAUCUGAUAUUGAAGGCGCCACACAAAUAAGGGAUCCAAACGUUGAGGAAGAAUCUGAACAUUCUCAAAAGCGGAUGAAAACGCUGUGACAGUUCUUCUCUCUUUAGGCUCCACUGCUCUGGAAUAUAUAAAUGUAUUGACAGAAUUCUUCUUUUGUGUACAUUUGUUCGGCUUCUAGAGGCUUCCUAUAGUCGUUAAGAUAAAUUUAUGGUUAGUUGAAUCUACGUACUCGUGGUUUUGAGUUUGUACCAUCUUACGCAUCAUUCAUGUAACGUAUCAUUAUAAUCUCUUGUGGAAUAUCAGAUUGG